GUAUAAACAAAGCCCAGAAUUAGUCUGCAUGGUCUAUAAUACUAUGAGGUUAUAUCGUUCAUGGAUUUUUCAAACCAUGUGCAGGUCGAGGAGGAAAUUCACUUUGCAGUUUAUUAUUCCGAUUUUCGUGUUCAUCGGCGUUUUCUUUCUUCCAAUUUGGCAUCUGGUUUUUAAAACGAAAGAGGAAGUUCUCGAUCAAAUAUAUAUAAAACGUGAGUGCAUAGCAGAACUGGAGUUCGAAGACUUACCCGCAAUAAUAAAAGAGAGUGUUGGUCAAAAUCUAAAGUUGAAUGUAAGUGAGACGAGGUGCACCGGAAAACCGACGAUAACUGCAAAUUGCACUGCAUUGGUUUUCCCCCAAAUUAUCAACAUUUCGAAGGCAUUUAAACGAUAUUCCGCGAGGAAAUACGUUUUUCCGUACUACCAAUACACCGACCAACUUUCGGUAAACACUCGUGCGUUUCUUAGCCUCUGCGCGCAAGCUGGCACAACGGGGCGCAAGGUUGUGAAACCCUCAGUGAAACAAACGAGGCUUCGUUCUGACGAUUCGUGGCUUCCCCUGGACACUUAUUACGAUGUUAAAUACUUGGAAAGCCUAUUAGCAUCUUCUGGUUAUGCCGAACUUGUGGACAAGAUGGAGUACCUCAAGGAAUGUCCGCCAAAUAGCCCGGAUCAUGUAAGCGUGCACUUCAUUGACAACUCGGAAGCAUCGAUGGGUUUCACUAAAGCGAACUUACGCUUGGAAAAAGGUUUUUACAACGAUAUAGUGAAGAACACGUCUCGAAAGGGUUGGACAGAAUGCGAGUUUUUGGAUAGAGCUAUGGCGAAAACUCCUGGCAAACAGUACUGUGUGAACGGAGAUAUCAUACAAGAUUGGAAAGUCUUUGAAAGGGAUGUUGCGAAGAAUGAAAAAUGCCUGAACAUAUUCGUCUGGCGAGGAGUCGAAGGUCCUACAUAUCGCUUGAAAUUCAGUGAAGACCGUAUGAAGUAUUCAUCAACCGAUCUUGCAUUAGCUUUGAAGCCAGGGCAGCCUGUCAUGGAAGAGGUCGAGCGUUUUCAAAAUGAGAUACUGUCACAAAACUACAUUGCGGUGUACAUACGAAGUGAAUUCAUGUUGCGUGAAUUUUCCAUCAGUUAUCUUCGAGACUGUAUUCAACUAGUACUUCAGGCCCUGUUUGCUCUAAAAAGGAUCACAGGGUUAUCUCGUGUUUACGUCGCCACGGAUAUGGGUGAAUACGAUGAAUUCAACAACGCGGAGGAAACUCAAGAGACAUCAAAUGAUGAACAACAAAAAAUUGUUAUGGAAGACAUGAACAUUCAAACGUCGACUGAUCUCACAACCGUUGCAAAUGAUGACCCGGACAGUAUCGCGAAUAAAGGACUGUGUCACUGGGGCAUCAAGGUUUGGCACAAGCCUGGCAUCGCCAUUCGUUGUAACUGCAUGAAAUGUACGUGUCAGACGGGUGCUAAUUGGGCCUGCGCAUAUGAAUUCGCAUACUGUCCAUACUUCUAUUGUGGCAAUGUUAUAUUCAAUCCCGCCAAGCAAAUCUGUUGCUCCGGUAAAGUGUACGAGAAAAAAGGCGGCCAUAUGUGCUGUGGCUACUUCUAUUACAACCGCGCAGUAAUGCAAUGCUGCAAUUACUACUCCGUGAAACCGAGACGGGCCGUGUGCCCUCGUUUUAAAGUCUAGAACCCAA